GAGAGUGCGCAGAGCGGGCGGGAACUUCCGGGAGAACACAGGUAUUGAACGGAGCGCCGCGCCCUCAGCCUGACGGCUCCCCGAAGCUGGCAGGAUGAAUGUGGGGGUGGCACACAGUGAAGUAAAUCCCAACACUCGAGUGAUGAAUAGUCGGGGCAUCUGGCUGGCCUACAUCAUCUUGGUAGGACUGCUGCAUGUGGUUUUACUCAGCAUCCCUUUCUUCAGCAUUCCUGUUGUCUGGACCCUGACCAACGUCAUUCAUAACUUGGCAAUGUAUGUCUUCCUACAUACAGUGAAAGGGACACCCUUUGAGACCCCUGACCAAGGAAAAGCUCGACUUUUGACACACUGGGAACAGAUGGACUAUGGGCUUCAGUUUACUUCUUCUCGCAAGUUCCUCAGCAUCUCUCCUAUUGUACUCUACCUACUGGCCAGCUUCUAUACCAAGUAUGAUGCUGCUCAUUUCCUCAUCAACACUACCUCAUUGCUCAGUGUGCUGCUGCCUAAGUUACCACAAUUCCAUGGGGUUCGUCUCUUUGGCAUCAACAAAUACUGAAAAAUGAGCUGAAGACAACUCCAUGGGCAUGGAGAAGGCACUGGAACAAAAAAAAAUUUUUUUCACUUCUCCAUUCUGAGAACUAUAGAACCUUUCCCAAACGCUCAGAAAGCAAAUAAGUUAGAAAUUGGUGCUCCUGUUAAUGACAAGAUUGAGUCAGGAAAGGCAGAUGAAAUGAAGGGCCAAAUCACCCUGUGUAACAGGAAGCCAUCCAUGUUUAGGCAGCUUGUUUGGAGAUUACAUUUUUCCUUAUCCCUACCACCUUCUAGUUUGGUUUUGCUGUGUAUUUUCCUCAUAAUAAAAAAUUUUUUUUCAGCUGC